UUUUCUGCUAGUAAAGCCAGCUUCUCUCCCUGCAGGUCUUACCUCAGGAGCCAAGCAGGAGACAGGGCUGGGGGGCACACAGGUGUCUGUAAUGGCUGACCAGAUUCUGGACAUUCUGGAUGAGCUGAAAGAAGAAGAACGUAAAAGGUUCAAAUUUUAUUUGAAUGAACCGCUGCUGCCAGGAUGUAAACCCAUUCCACAGGGUCAACUGGAAGGCAAAGAAGUGACACAGGUUGUGAAAUUGAUGAAGAGUUUCUAUGCUAACAAGAUGGUGAAUAUCACACUGGAGAUCUUAAAGAAAAUUGAUCGAAAUGACCUUAUUCAGAGACUGGAGAGCAAUCCUAAAAUGGAUGAAUCUAUAAAAAGAGCGCAAGAUGCACUGAAAACUCAUCUCAAGAAGAAGUAUAAAUGCAUAUUUGAAGGUUUUGCAAAACAUGGCCGCCGAACCAUCCUCAAUAAGAUCUAUACAAAGCUCUACAUCACAGAGGGGGGAAGUGGGUGGGUCAAUAAUGAACACGAGGUCAGACAGAUUGAGACAGCAUCCAAGAGUCAAACCACACAGGAGGCUGCAAUCCUCUGCACUGACAUCUUUAAGCCUUUACCUGAACAAGAGGAACCCAGAACUGUGCUUACAAAGGGCAUCGCUGGCAUUGGGAAAACCGUCUCUGUGCAGAAGUUCAUUCUGGACUGGGCAGAAGGAAAAGCCAAUCAGGACAUUGAUUUCAUCUUCACUCUCCCUUUCCGAGAUCUGAAUUUGAAGAAGGAAAGAGCAUUCAGUCUGAUGCAACUUCUGCAGCACUACUUUCCACAAAUGAAAGAGACCAAAAUUGUUGAAAAUGAUGAAGUCAAAAUGGUGUUUAUCUUUGAUGGUCUGGAUGAGUGUCGACUUCCUCUAGAUUUCCAAAGCAAUAAUGACUGCUACGAUAUAAAAGAGUCAUCAUCAGUGGAUGUGCUGCUGACCAACCUCAUUAAGGGUAAUCUGCUUCCCUCUGCUCUCCUCUGGAUCACCUCCCGACCAGCAGCAGCCAAUCAGAUCCCUCCUGAGUGUGUCCACCAGGUGACAGAGGUUCGAGGGUUCCAAGACCCACAGAAGGAGGAGUACUUCAGGAAGAGAAUCAGAGAUCAGAACCAGGCCAGCAGAAUUAUCUCACACAUAAAGUCAUCCCGGAGUCUCUACAUCAUGUGUCACAUACCAGUCUUCUGCUGGAUUUCUAGUAGUGUUCUGGAAACUUUGGAUGAAGCAGAGAAUGGAGAUCUUCCCAAAACUCUGACUGAAAUGUACACACACUUCCUGCUCAUUCAGACAAAUGUGAAGAAUCGGAAGUAUAAGGAUACCAAUCAGAUGAGCUCAAAGAAGAUGUCAGAAUCAGAUACUGAAACCAUCCUGAAACUGGGGAAGCUGGCUUUUCUACAGCUGAAAAAGGGCAAUCUGAUAUUCUAUGAAGAGGACCUGAGAGAGAGUGGCAUUGAUGUCAGUGAAGCUUCAGUGUACUCUGGGGUGUGCACAGAGAUCUUUAAAGAGGAGUGUGGGUUGUAUCAGGAGACGGUCUACUGCUUUGUGCAUCUGAGCAUUCAAGAGUAUCUGGCUGCCUUGUUUGUGUUUCAUUCAUGUGUAAAUGAGAACAGAGAUGUACUCAGAGCAGAAGAAUCAAAACCCCACAGUGGCAGAGUGAAGCUGUCUGAGUUACACAGGAGUGCAGUGGAUCAGGCCUUAAUGAGUAAGAAUGGACACCUGGACCUUUUCCUCCGAUUCCUUCUCGGCCUCUCCCUGGACUCCAUUCAGACUAUCUUAGGAGGACUACUGACACAGACAGGAAGCAGAUCACUUGUACCACACACACUGACAAAGACUGAAAUCAGAUCAAAGAGUAUUGAGAAAACAGUCAAGUACAUUAAGGAGAUAAUCAGAGGGGAAUCUUCAGCAGAGAGGACCAUCAAUCUGUUCCACUGUCUCAAUGAACUGCAUGACAACUCUCUAGUGCAGGAAGUCCAGAAUUCCCUGAGAUCAGGAACACUCUCUGAUAAAGAGCUGGAACCACACCAAUGUUCAGCUCUGGCCUUUGUGUUACUGACGUCAGAGGACAUCCUGGAUGAGUUUGACUUGAAGACCUACAAAACAUCAGAAGCAGGUCGUCAGAGACUGCUACCAGUAAUCAAGAACUACAGGAAGGCCAUACUGAACAGCUGUAACCUCACAAAUACGUCCUGUGGUAUUGUGGCCUCAGCUCUCCAGUCAUCAAACUCAUCCCUGAAAGAUCUGGACCUCAGCUGCAAUAACCUGGGAGAUUCAGGAGUGGAGCUGCUCUGUGCUGGAAUGAUGAGUCCAAAUUGUAAACUACAGAGACUGGACCUCAGUUGCAAUAACCUGGGAGAUUCAGGAGUGAAGCUGCUCUGUGCUGGACCGAUGAGUCCAAACUGUAAUCUACAGAGACUGGGACUGAACAGCUGUAACCUCACAAAUACGUCCUGUGGUAUUGUGGCCUCAGCUCUCCAGUCAUCAAACUCAUCCCUGAAAGAUCUGGACCUCAGCUGCAAUAACCUGGGAGAUUCAGGAGUGGAGCUGCUCUGUGCUGGAAUGAUGAGUCCAAAUUGUAAACUACAGAGACUGGACCUCAGUUACAAUAACCUGGGAGAUUCAGGAGUGAAGCUGCUCUGUGCUGGACCGAUGAGUCCAAACUGUAAUCUACAGAGACUGGGGCUGGGCUGGUGUAAUCUCACAGAGGGCUGCUGUGAUGUUCUGGCAUCAGUCCUGCGUUCUCCUCACUCAGAGCUGAGAGAUCUGGAGCUCAGAGACAAUGAGCUGCAAGAUUCAGGAGUGAGAGCGCUCUCUGCUGGACUGGAGGACCCACACUGUAAACUGCAGAGACUGGGGCUGUCAGGCUGUAGAGUCACACAGAGAGGCUGUGAUUCUCUGGCUUCAGCUCUGUGUUCAAACCCUUCACACCUGAGAGUGCUGGACCUGAGAUACAAUCACCCAGGAGACUCAGGAGUAAGAGCGCUGUCUGCUGCUAAACUGGACACACUCACACUGCUUAUGGACUAUGGAGGAGAGAACAGGACCAAACCAGGACCCAGGAAAUACGGCUGUCAGUUCACGCUGGAUCCAAACACAGCGCACAGAGAGCUGUCUCUGUCUGAGGGGAACAGAAGGGUGACACACACACCAGGGAGAGUGGAGUUAUAUCCUGAUCAUCCAGAGAGAUUUAAGUACUGGCGCCAGGUUGUGUGCAGAGAGAGUGUGUGUGAGCGCUGUUACUGGGAGGCUGAGUUCAGUCUGUCUGAGGGGUGGGGAUGGGUUGAUAUAGCAGUGACAGAUAAAGGAAUCAGCAGGAAAGGAGGGUCAUAUGACUGUGAGCUUGGAGGGGAUAAAAACUCCUGGAGUCUGAAGUGCUUUAAACUCAGUGACUCUGAUAAACUCAGUGACUCUGAUAAACUCAGUUACUCUGUCUGGCACAGAAAGAACCAAACACACAUGCCUGCCCCCCCCUCCCCCUACUGCAGAGCAGGAGUGUGUGAUGAUGAUGAUGAUGGUAGAGGAGUGUGUGUGUACAGGGUAGGAGUGUGUGUGGACCAUCCGGCCAGCACUCUGUCCUUCUACAGCAUCUCUGACUCUAACACACUGACCCUCCUGUAUAGACUUCACACACACUUCACUCAACACACACCCCUCUGUGCUGGAUUUUCUGUGAGGAACUCCUCAGUGUCCCUCUGCUAACUGGAGUAGACACACACACAUGCAUGUGCGCACACACACACAUACACACGCAUGUGUGCGCACACACUCAUAUACACAUACACACACACACUCAAUCACACGCACACACACACACAUACACAUACACAUAGACACACACACACCCACACCUACACACACAUCCACAUGCACACACACACGCUUCACUCAACACACUGCGUUGGAUUUAGAGUGCAUGAUCCUCAGUAUCCUUUUUCUCACUAAAGUAGACAAACAGGCACACACACACACCCUUUCUCUCUCACACUCACACACACACUCACAAAUACACACAAUGUACACUCAUGCACACACACUCACACACCCACGCAUGCACACAAUCAUGCACACACAAUCACAAACUUACGCACACAUACACACUCUCUCACACCGAAGCACACACACUCUCUCACACCCAAGCACACACACAAUCUCCCGCACACACAAACACACACAUUCACCAGUGCGCUCUCACGUGCACACACGCAUGCAUAUGUACACAACUUUUGAUUAUUAAAACAUUAAUAUAACAUUGAGUGUAAUAAUGGCAAAUUAAAGCCACAAGCAGCAUUGUGAAGGGUCCGAGCAUUAGCACCAUCGCGCCCCCUAUGGAGCGAUUUUAAAAUGGCUUUUUCCUCCUGAUCAUAUGCCUUCACCCAACAUAUCUACUGAAUAUCAUGAUGAUUGUAUAAAAUGUUGAUGACUUAUGGCCAAUUUUGUGCGAAGAGACGCUGUUGGAUUACUUAGUUACGUCGCCAUGGAUGUGUCCUGGCCGCUUCCCGUAAAGGCCUUUACUUUGUCGGAACACUUAGAUGGGAUGUCGGAACACUUAGAUGGGAUGUCGUAACGCACAUAUGGCCCGGCGUGUUUGUACAGCUGCAGCGCUUCCAUGCUGUAACUAAAAAAGGCGUCACACUAGUGUUGUCACGAUACCAAAAUUUUGACUUUGAUACCGAUACCAAGUUUAGUAUCACGAUAAUUAAUACUGAAACAAUACUGAUUCAAUACUCGGUACCUAACGAUACUGAAAUUACCUUAAUAGAUCAGAAAUGCAAUGUCCACAAGGGUUGACCUCAUUUUCGAAUUCACGGAUUGUUAAAAACCUGGUUUAUUAACAACCUUUAAGUUGAAGCCUGUUCAACAUAUCAAUAAGCAUAGGCAUAUAGUGUUACAACACUAAACCAUAGAAAACUAUAUUAAAUAUAUUUCAAAAAUUAAACAGUUGUAAUAGUAAAUUGUCUUUAAACAAGUCUUUCACUUUAAAAUAGAUCUAAAAACUGCACGUUUCAAUAACAAUACAGCAUCUUCCUAUAAUAAAAUAUUUACAGAUUAGAACAGCUAUUGCUACUGAAGUGAACUGAGUCUAAGCUUGCGCUGUAUCAACCACGAAGAAUGCACAAGCGUACGUCACCUCACUUGCCAACCUUAGUUGCUACUGCCAUCUAGCGAAGAUUCUGACAAAUUACACUUUCCAUCCUCUCAAUCAGUAAUGCGGAAGACACAGUUCCCUGGCUUUUACAUUUGACACAAAACUACCGAACGUCGGAAAAUUCUAAUAGCAAACCCUUUAUUUUUAUUUUUUUAAGUACCAAAAAAGUGCUGAAGUUUCGGUAUACCGUGCAACAGUACGUCAGACAUAUUCCAAUCCAUUGCUCAGUUUAGCAGAGAAUGCACAUUUCAGAGCACCUCAGAGAUAGAUAGAAUAAUAACACAUAUACACAUUUCAAAUAAUAAAUACAACAUUGAGAAAAAACGGAAAAAAAAGACGAAAUAUCAACUCGCGAUCUGCGCGCUGCGCGCAAAGUAGCCUGCCGUUUUAUUUAUUUAGACAUUGGCAGAUAAGAAAAUUUUCAGUUACGCUGACCUAUAAAACGCUAUUCCAACAGCAAAAACAGACAUGUUAUACAUUGGUAGAAAGCUUAUACUCUCACCAACUGAAUAAAUGAAUUGUCAAUCAAGCCAAAUUGCACUAAAAAGGACAACAACGCCGUAAGCAACAGGUGUGGUAUUACGCACAGCUAUUUUUGAAGGUAGCCGCAUCUAUUUCGCAAACGGAUUGUCCAAGGCAAUAUAUGACCACUCAUUCGCAAAAGGGACUUCUCUACGCGUAAAACCAAUGGUAAGAUUGUAUAUUUAUUCAAUGUUUAGUCCCAGAUGUUGACUGUAGAAUGACAUGGUAUAAUUUUUUUUAAAGUUAGUCUCGCUGAUUUCGUUAUUCAGUGAGCAGCGUUUUCACUGCUGUAUUGGAAUAUUUUAGGGCUAAUGUCGGGUUCAUCUUGUUGCUACGGAAUAUUGCAUGACAUUACAGGCAUUUGGCAGACGCUGUUAUCCAGAGCGACUUACAACAAAGUGUUUAACCAUAACCAGGAACAAGUGUGUCGAAAACCCUAGAGGGCAGUAGCCUACCGUUCCGAGUGCAGGGAACAACCGCAUAGUUCAACUUGGACCCUUUAGGUUAAACUGAUUAACACUAACACGGUCAAGAACAGCAACAACGCAGUCUAUGCAAAAAUACAAGCAAUAGUUAAGACGAGUUAAGACUAAGUCACCUACGAAAUAACUACCUAGUUACAACCCUAAGCUUACAGUCAAUUUAGAGAUUAAAUGGUUUCUCUCAGCAUAAUGACGGAUUUAAAGACUAAACGAACUCACCCGAUAUUGUCUUCAAAUGGACCGUAUUAUUUAUUCAGACAUUGGCAGACUACAGCAUAAAUUGCGUCUUUUGUUUAUAUUCAAUGUUAGUAAUUGCAGCGAGAAACUGCAGCUGUAGGUCGUUAUGUUAUGGUAGCAACAGAACGAAGCGGACUAUAUUUGUAUUAGGCUACCGUCAUUGUUUCAUUAUACCAGCGUGUUUUCGCACGUUUGCACAGAAAUUCAGAACCUAUCAAUAAAAUUGUUUAGCUAUUUCUCAGCAUAAUGAUAGAUUCAAAGACUAAACGAACUCACCCGAUACUGUCUUCAAAUGGAUGCAGGCUCAAGAAAAGUAAUUAUUCAUUCUCUCAAAAAGCUUUUACUAACAAACUUUUGGCACUCUGGGUGGCACUGUCUUCCAAUGCUUCCCCGACGUUCAGACCCUCCCAUCACUGCUAAAAACUAGAUCCUACGGUGUCGGAUUACUUGCGUCGCCAUGGAUGUCGCUUGCCGUAAAGAAGUUUACUAGACGUCGUAACGCUCAGAUUUGGAGCUCCAGAUUUUCCGCACCCCAACUAAUAAAGAAGUCCAAAUGGCAGGCAAACCAUAUGGCGGACAUAGGUGGUCCCAAAAGCAAAGUUGUAGAGCACUUUCAGAUGCAUCGGUCGACAAAGUUAUGCGUUGAUCUGACAUACAAUGUGGGAGUUAUGACCUUUUAAACAGGACCCUUUUUGUUAUAGCGCCACCAUCUGGCUGACAUAGGUGAUUUUUAGUGCCUGAGUAGUGGGGGGCCAUAGGAACCCACCCACCAAAUUUGGUUGGGGUACAACUUAUGGUUGCUGAGCCUCAGACAUUUUAGCAGAGAAAACUUCCACGCCCCAACGAAAAAGUCAAAAUGGUGGGCAAACAAUAUGGCGGACAUAGGUCGUGCAAAUAGCAAAGUUGUAGACCACGUUCAGAUGCAUAGGUCGAUGAAGUUUUGUGUUGAUCUAACUUAUGGUGUGGGAGUUAUGGCCUUUUAUGCAUUACCCUUUGUUAUAGCGCCACCAUCUGGCCGACAUAGGUGAUUUUUAGUGCCUGAGUAGUGGGGGGCCAUAGAAACCCACCUGCCAAAUUUGGUUGCUUUAGGACUUAUGGUUGCUGAGCCUCAGACACUUUUAGCUUCGCUGCUUGGACCCCUAAUAAUCCUAACAGAUACAAUAGGGUUCCACCAGCUUCGCUGCAUGGACCCCUAAUAAUAAUCCUAACAGAUACAAUACGGUUCCACCAGCUUCGCUGCUUGGACCCCUAUAUAUCGCA